AUGAAGCCUGUUAUCACUUCGUUCCUCGACACAGACAUGUACAAGUUGACGAUGCAUGCUGCCGUCUUUACCCAUUUCAAGGAUGUCAAAGUCAAAUAUAAGUAUACAAACCGCUCACCUCAAAUGACUUUUAACAGGGAAGCUAUCGAAUGGUUGAAGGAGCAGUUCAAGCUUUUGGGUGAAAUUAAAUUGAGUGAAGAGGAGCUUGCAUUUAUUAAAAAGGCUAUACCUUAUUUGCCCAAGGAGUAUCUAGAGUUUAUAGCCGAAGGUGGAUUUGAAGUGAAUCCAGAGGAAGAGCUCAAAUUUGAGGUUAAGGAAAUUAGCGACAAACCAGGCCAUUACGAAUUAGAUAUUAGUAUUGAGGGCUUAUGGAUCAAAACAAUAUGGUAUGAGAUACCUGUGCUCGCUUUAGUGUCUGAAGCCUACUUCAAAUUUGUCGAUACCGACUGGACCCUAGAUGGCCAAGUUGAAAAGGCCUAUGCUAAAACUGAAAAGCUUUUACAAAACAACAUAAUCUUCAGUGAAUUUGGAACAAGACGUCGUAGGUCAUUUGAAACUCAAGACCUAGUUAUGCAAGGGAUUUUGAAAGCUGCCAAGGAUUUGGGGAAGUCAAACAUGGUUUUGGGGACUUCGAAUGUAUAUUUUGCAAAAAAAUACAACGUCGAUCCAGUAGGAACAGUAGCUCAUGAAUGGAUGAUGGGAAUUGCUUCUAUUACCAAUGAUUACCUGAGUGCAAAUAAAAACGCCAUGGACUAUUGGAUUGAAACUUUUGGUAUUGAACACGCUGGUCUAGCUCUUACUGAUACUUUUGGAACUGAUUCAUUUUUGAAGUCAUUUUACCCACCUUAUUCUGAUGCUUAUAUCGGAGUAAGACAGGAUUCUGGUGACCCUGUUUUGUACACGAAGAAAAUUGCCCACCACUACAAUGAGGUUUUGAAUCUUCCCAAGUUUUCCAAAGUUAUCUGUUAUUCAGACUCGUUAAACCCAGAUCGUGCCAUAGAGUAUGCUAAGGUGGCACAUGAAAACGGGCUAAAAGCUACCUUCGGUAUUGGUACUAACUUUACGAAUGAUUUCCAAAGAAAAUCUAAUCCCUCGAUCAAGAGUGAACCUCUUAAUAUUGUUAUUAAGUUACUGGAGGUUAACGGAAAUCAUGCUAUUAAAAUAUCUGACAAUUUAGGUAAAAAUAUGGGUGAUCCAGAAACCGUCCGCAGAGUUAAAAGGGAACUUGGUUAUAUAGAGAGGAAGUACGCCGGAGAUAAUGAAGCUCAUAGAUGGGCUGCUUGA